AUGCUCAAAUACAACUUGUGUACAACAAAUCCGAACGCUAUUGUUCUAUUGGAUGUUCCCGAUACAAGCAUUUGGGAUUUAAUGGAAAUAAUGAUUCGAAAAAUAAUGAGUACACCAAAUAAUACAACAACGGCGCAUCGAGAAAAUUUAAAUAUUGAAGAAAUAAAACAUUCACUAUUUGUUAAUGAUCGAGUUCAAAUUUUAUCAAAAACAUUACAAGCUACAACAGCCACAGAAACAAAUUGGACAUAUGAUCAAUCGUGGUUAGCUAUCAUGUCUACAUCACCUUCUGUUCAACGACGACAUGUAGCAAUAGCUAGAUUGAAAAAUCCAUGUAAUUUUGGUAGAAAUUGUCAAGAAGCAAGAUUUAUCAUUUUCAUAUUAUCUCCAAUGAAAGAGAAAGGUACAAAGAAUUUUCUCGAAACGGGACGAACAUUUGCCACAAUCUUCGCUGAUAUUGAGUUGAGAGCAAAAUUACUUAAAGCUGCUACACAACAAGAAUUUAUAUCCAUUAUAGACAAACAUACAGAUGGUUUAAUGGAGCAACAGCAAAUCUCUGCUGCUAAUCGUGAUGCUGAUCAAGAUCAACUUGAAGAUAAUAAUACAAAUACUGAGAUGCUCAAAGUAAAAACAUAUUAUUGUCCAAUUUUAUCUGACAUAUGGAUGGAUUUUCUACGACGAAUACCGCAUUAUUUAUUCAAAACACAUCGUGGAAUACAAAAAGUCAUUUCAACAACAAUAUUUUUAUAUUUUGCAUGUUUAUUACCAAGUAUUGCAUUUGGAGUUCUUAAUUCCAGUGCUACCAACAAUCAAAUAAGUGUACCAGAAGCUGUUGUUGCUCAAUGUUUAGGUGGAAUAUUUUUUGCUGUUUUUGGUGGACAACCUUUAAUCGUAGUGAUGACCACAGCUCCAUUGACUAUUUAUGUUAAAGUAAUUUAUACAAUUUGUGCAUGGUAUCAAUUAGAUUUUCGAGAUAUGUACGCAUUAGUUGGCCUAUGGAAUUCAUUUUUUCUUAUUUUAUACUCAUUUUUUGGGCUUAGUAAAAUAAUGAAAUGGUCAACAAGAUCAACUGAAGAAAUUUUUGCAUUAUUUGUUUCAAUUGCUUUUCUUGUUGAUGCUGGUAAACACGUACAUACAAAUUUUUCUACAAAUUAUAAAACAAUUGCAUGUGAAGAGCAUGAUAAAUAUUGGCGAAAUAGACAUAUGAAUAAAACAACAAAUAUAACGGAUUAUUUAAAUGGACAAUGUUCGAGAGAUUCUAGUUUGUUGUAUUUAUUAUUAACACUCGGAACUGUUUGGACGGGUACAUUUUUAUACAAAUUCAAACAAACACCGUAUUUAAAUUCUGCCAAGCGGGAAUUACUUGCCGAUUAUGCAUUACCGGUGUCCGUAAUACUGAUGACUUUGACGGGAAGUCUUUUAUUUAAGCAGAUUAAUCGUAAGGAAGUUUAUACAAUGCUAAAGAAAGGAAAAGCAUUUCAUAUUGAUUUAUUUGUUAUUGCUAUUUUGAAUGGACUUUUAUCAGUAUUUGGAUUAACAUGGAUGCAUGGAGCACUUCCAUUAUCUCCAUUGCAUGUCAAAGCUUUAGCUGACACUGAAGAAAGAGUUGAAGGUGGUCAUAUUCAAUCUGUUAUUGUCAAAGUUCGUGAAACUCGUCUUACAAUUCUCAUUUCACAUUCACUCAUCGGUGCUUCGUUACUAAUGAGUGAAGUAUUGAAAAAAAUACCAACACCAGUUUUAGACGGAUUAUUUUUAUAUUUGGCUUUAACAUCGCUUGAUGGUAAUCAAUGUUUUGAACGUGUUUCAUUAUUUUUCACUGAACAAGCUGCUUAUCCACCAAAUCAUUAUAUUCGUCAAGUACCACAACGUAAAAUGCAUUUAUUUACAAUGUUACAGAUUGUACAACUCGUUAUUUUAUGUGCACUCGGUUUCUCGCCAAUACUUUACACAAAAUUAGCAUUACCAUUGUGGCUUGUAUUGAUGGUUGCUUUCAGAUACAAACUACUUCCAAAAAUUAUUGCAACCAAGUAUCUUCGAGCGCUUGAUCAACGUUUAUAA